AGCGAUUCCCAGUCGAGGCUUGAUAUUUUCCCGUAGGCUCCAGCCUUUAGUUGACUGAAACCUGUGGGACUGAAAGCUGUGUUCGCGUUGUCUCCCUCCAAGCGGUUUAAUAUUGAAUGAUUAAAUAACCACAUCACAGUCCGAUCUUAUAAUUAUUAUGUACGAGUGUUAAAAUUAAAAUUUAAGAUGAACUCAGUGAUAUGUAUUUGUUUGUUUUGAAUAGAGAUAGUGGUUGUUUAUGAACAUUUGCGCUGGCGGAAAUCGAGCCCCAACCAAGAUUCAAGAUUAGUCUCACAAAAGCGUAAAGCUGCGUGAUAUAUCGUCGCGGUACAAGGAUGAUUUGAAUAUUCACGAAGAGCGCGUGUUCGCGCGAAUGGUUGCCGGAGAUGAUAGCGCCGCGGCGCAUAACAAGUGCGCUGCUGUUACCAUUUGCUCUGCUGUCACUCCCGCACGCGUAUGCGGCCAACGCCACGACAUACAGAGAGAAACUGGAGUCGUCACUUCGACUCGUACACGCAGUCGCCACAGGUGCGACCGGAGCGCUCUGCGUCACGCACCGCUACGGCCGUCUGCGGGCCCCAAUGCACACGACGCGCUGGAACGCCGCGAGGGCUCGAGCAGAUCUCGCCGCAAGCAUUCUACAUCAAGUCGGCUUAGAAACCGCUGAAGUCCUGAUGGCAGUUUCUCAAGGCUUGGUGAUGGGUUCAAGUGCAUCAGAACGCGCAGUGGGGGCUAGAGCGAUAGCCCUCAGAACCGAUGGGUUGGUGAACAGUGCAGUGGCGUGGGAAAGGUUUGGGGCUGCAGAACCCGCAGCUGUUGUUUCUCCACAGUUAGAAAAACCCCCCGACCCUGAAUAUCCGUGGUACGUAUCCGCCCAAGAAAGUGAAUCGGUGAGGUCGCCCAAGUUUAUGCCAUCACCACCCGGAGCAACUAUGGAAGGAUGGUGGACAUACCCUUACUACAGUUGCGAGUCGAAACGUUGGCUGCUGUCUUACACUGUUCCCGUGUCAACCAUCCGCGGAUUAAAAGGCGUUGUUUCGCUGGACGUUGACAUAUCGAAUCUGGAGAUAAAUCAGUGCGAAAUGGAUAGCCUAGAGGAAAACGACAAUCAAAUUUAUUCAUUCCAUGGAACCCACAAAUGUCCUAAUGAAACAACUUUCUGUGACUAUAAACCGAAUCGGGAAAUAAGCGUCCGUUACGGCGGCUGGGCUCGUGGCUCCUAUAUCUGCCGAUGUCGACCAGGAUAUUACUCCCCUCACCAUCCAGAAGGGUUCAAUGGAUCACUUGUGGAAGUUGCGUAUCAAGAAUACGAAGAGAACGGGUUAGAAAAUUGGAGCGAGCCAUACGACUGUUUGAUGUGUCAACCCGGAUGCGAGACUUGUCGGGGGCCGGAGCCUUGUCUAGCUACAUACAACUGGCCUUUUCGGAUAUCGUUAUUGGUGAUCUCCGUGAGCUGUGCGGUGAUGACGGUACUGCUGACUAUAUACACUCGGCAUCACCGACGAGUAAAGGUGUUUCGCGUUGCUAGCCCCGUCUUUCUGUCUAUCACGCUACUUGGCUGCGCCAUUAUGUACAUGGAGAUGGCAGCUAUAUUUCCUGUAUUGGACCGUUAUUCUUGUAUCGCUACUAAAUGGACGCGACAUAUGGGCUUCUGCAUUACCUACACUGCUCUUCUUAUGAAAACUUGGAGAGUUUCACUCACGUACCGCGUCAAGUCAGCCCACAAGCUUAAGUUGACAGACAAACAGUUGCUGCAGUGGAUGGCUCCUAUACUCCUUAUCAUGCUGGUGUAUCUCGGCACCUGGACACUCUCCGCACCGCCUGACGCUGAAGUUAUUACAGACAACAGAGGACUAAAGUUCAAACAGUGCACGUACAACUGGUGGGACCAUAGUUUAGCCAUAGGAGAAAUCCUGUUCCUCUUAUGGGGCGUGAGGGUAUGCUACAGAGUGAGACACGCAGAGAGCCUCUACAAUGAAGCGAGACUCAUCUCUAUCGCCAUUUACAACAUAUUCACAGUUAAUUCUCUAAUGAUUGCAUUUCACUUACUAAUCCUACCACGUGCUGGGCCUGAUAUAAAGUAUCUCCUCGGGUUCAUCAGAACACAGUUGUCCACUUCAACCACAGUAUUGCUGGUGUUUCUACCAAAGGUCCUGCGAGUAGUCCGUGGUACGGGCGAUACCUGGGAUAGCAGGGCGCGUGCUCGGGGCGUGCCAGCGUCUUCCUCGCUCAAUGGCAUAGGUCUAGUUCCCGAUGAGCCGCCUGAUCCUUUCCAGGAAAAUGAAGAACUUAAGGAGGAAGUGCAGAAACUGGCAGCGCAGAUCGAGUUUAUGAAGAUAGUGCAAAUGGAGAUGCACAAUCGUCACCUGAAGCCGCGACCUGGUGGCUACUUCACCGCUGGCAACGCUCUUGCGAGUCCAAUGCACGCGAGGACUGUCAACAUUUCACAAGAAACCACAGAGUGGUCAGGGCCCGUGUGACGGGUGGCUCUCAGCGAUAGCGGAUGGCACUGGCCGGGGCCGGCGGGGAAGCGUAUCGUCACCACCGUCGAUGUUCGUUCGCCUGCCUUCGUGUAACUAAGCCUUUGUGUGUAUUUACUUAGCUUAAAUUAACUUAUUUACGACUUCGGACUUAUGCAGACUAAGUAUUCUCCACGAAAAACAACGCUCGUUUUCAUUUGUCUACGCAAGCAAUCGUAGUCGUUUUCAAGUAUCGGAACAAAGUAAACCAGUUAACAAAGCAGCGUUGGGGAGGCCUGUGUACAAGCAAGCCAGCAAACAAAAACAACAAGGCUAGCAUGGGCAGGAGAUAAAAAUUCUAUCCCCUGACAAGGCAUAAAAAACUGUUCACCUGCCAAAACACGGCAACAGGGAGAAGGAUAAAUUAUCCCUGUUUAAUCAAAUAACAAUUUAUCGCGUGCACCCAUUCUUGGCACUCGGAAACGACUUUGCGAUUGCGAGUGUUCAAAUGUUACGAUACGAAUACUGAAUUAUCGCGUAUUUUUGUAUAUA